GCAUAUCUUGGCAGCCAUUUUGAUGGAAGACAUUUGCAAUCUAAAAAUAUUUCAAAUAUUUUGAUAAAACAUCAUAAUAAUAAACGAUGUGACAGGAUUAUAUCAGUCACUUACUUUUACUCCGCUUAGGAGAUAAUGUAUGAAGGAAAAAAUAUCCAUUAUUCCUCAUUUGACAAGAAACCACUUUGUUCCUUCAGUACAAAAGUAUGUAAUCAACAUCGCUUGAAUGGCUAUGCCUUUUGUGUACGACAUAUCUUAGAGGAUCCCACAGCACCUUUCAGAAGAUGCUCUUAUGUUGCUAAAUCUAGUGGACAAAAAUGUACCCAGGCUAUUCCAAAGCAUGAAGACCGAGAGUACUGCAAUAACCAUAUGCAGGUUCUUGGAAUGAUACCUAGAAAAGAAAAGAAGGUGAAGAAAGAUAAAAUUACAGAAAAUAUGUUGUCCGAUGUAAAGAUACCUUUCCAAGAUAGAGUUAAGUCACGAUUCAAUAUUAACAAGCUUCAAAAUGACAAUGUUUUGCACUCAAACCCUGCAGAUGACCCAGAUGAUCCGUAUGCAUUUCCAGACUCAUCAGGAGACUCAAAAAUCAUUACAACAAUUGUACAGCCCACAACACCAUCGUCAGCAGGGGAUUCCCCUUCAUCUGCAUAUCAUCCGUUUGCUAAGUCACCAGGUGACUCCUGCGGCAGUGGGUCAUCUAUUGCAAAAUUUUACCCAGAGUUGGCUGAAAAAUUGGAAAAAAUUAGACCAAAGAAUGAUGCUUUAAAGCUGAAAGACAAAGGAAAAGACAAAAGUUCAAGAACCUUGAAUAGUUUACAAACAAGAAUAGCUCAGAAUAGAAUAAAGUCAAAGCGAAGGGGUACACAAGAUUCUUCGUCUCAAUCACAGUCUCCUUUGCAUUUAGGGAAAUCCCCAUUACACCCAGGAUCGUUAAAUGACAUAUAUUCAGGUUUUGCUAAUCACAUUGAUUUGGAGAAGCCACAGAAAACUCCUCCUGCUUACAAUCAUUUUGAUGGUUCUCCAACUGAGCCUACGAAAAGUGCUAAUAUUCCGGGAAUAGAAUUGAAAAGGCCUCCACCUUCAUACUUUAGACAACCAUUUGACAGAGCUCCUAUCAUGGCAUCUGUAAAUUCACCAGUUGUUUCUAUUGAAGAAAAGGUUGUGAAGACACCUCCUACUGUCAGUUCACAAAAGCCAGUUCAGUCAAUCAAUCAUAGUGUUCAGAUGGAAAUUCCACAUGGAACCCCUUUACAAUCAUUACCUGGUAUGUCUAACAGACUGCCCAUUCCAAAUAUGCCAAAUGCAUUUAACCUGGAUAUGGCAACAUCUUUGCCAAACUUUGCUGCCUACUUACAGGCCAUGCAAAACAAGAAUUCAUUUUUAUCAGGAGUGCCACCACAAUUGAUUCCUUCAUUGAACCUCCAGCCUGGAUCAGUUCCAUUUAUAAACCUAAAUUCAGCAUUAGCUGCAGGUAAUUUAAACCAAAAUGUUGGAGAAAAGUUGGUUUCACCUCAAUCCAUUCCACAGCCAGACAUUAUUAAAAGGCCAUUACCACCACCACCGCCAUUAUUAUCACCUUCAGGUCUUACCAAUAUAUUUCCAGCAGUUUGUGGAGGCUCUACAACUACGACAUCCGUUACAUUUACAGCCCCGUCACAACCGAUUAGACCACCACCUCCGCCAUACAGCAGUGCUGUGGCUCAGGCACUAAACAAGCCUCCUGUUGUAGCCGUAGCCCCUAGUAAAACAACAUUUACAAAACCUGUAUUGAAUGUGAUACCUAGUGUUAACCCUUCACUUAUGUCUGCCAAGCCGGCAAAGAUGAAGCAUGUUCUCUCUGAACAGGAAAUUGACAAAAAGAUCAAGACAGAAAUGGCCAAGAAGUACUACAAUGCUUACCUCAAGAGGAAAAUCUACAACCAUUCUCUGUUGAAAGCUGGCAUAGACAGUUCAGAUGAUUCUAGUGAUGAUGAGAAUAAUGGUUUGUUACCAUGGCAACCUAAAUGGUUUUGUGCUUCAUCUGAUGAAGAAGGGAUGGACGAAGAAGAAGAUCAAAAUGAUGUUAUUCGAACAACCAAGCUUGCAUUAUUGCGGGCCAGAUUACGGAGACAUUGUUCCCAGUCUCGGAAAGCCUUUAAAGGGAAUGUUCAUGAACAAGGGUCCAGUAAAUCAGCUACCAUGUCACUUAUACAGUCUGCUAGAGAGAGUGGUAAAGCUACAGUUUGUGUCAUAAAGGAGAAAACACAUGAACCACAACCAAGAGUUUUUAGGUACAAAAGACGAGGUUUGGAUAGAAGACAGUGUCUCUACAAGAAUGAUGAGGAAGAACAGUGUCCAAAUUCAGUUGUUCCUUGUGCUAAUCAUUGUCUUAAACAUAUCAUGUACAAUAUUGACCAGCAGUUAUUUGACUACUGUACAGCCAAGACCUUGGACAAUGUACAGUGUUGUAUUCCUGUGAUAGAUAUCAGCCAUGAACUACCUCUCUGUGUUAAACAUGCCAGGGAAGUUGAUGACAGUUACAAGUUAGAGGAAGAAGAAAUCAAACCUAAAAGACCCCGUAAGAAGACAAAACCCUCAGCUCUAACACGACCUCCAAAGAAAGGAAAGAAGAAAAAGAAUCAGAGAAAAUCUACAGUACUUCAAACUAAUAUGGACAGUAUGGAUACAACAGAAGAGCCACCAACUGCAUCAGAAUCAGUUAUCUCAGGAGAUGUGGAAAUGGAUGCUAAUUCUGGUAGUGGAAGUGAAGAGUCAGACGAAGGGGAGACAACUACACCUCAGGUCAAAGAUCAGAGUUCAAAACCUCCAAGUCCUGUGCCUGUACCUGCUUUUGCUCCUGUAAAGGUUCAGGUGACAAAACCACAGACACUGUCAUCACCACUUACUCGUCCACUAACAGUGACAAGACCAAAAGUAGUGCAACACAAAGAUUUCUUGGGUGAAUUACCUGAUAGUGUAUUGGCAGCCAACUUGCCAGCAGACUUGAAUUUGAACAAAGGACUAGAGCUGCCUUUAGAACAGGCUUCCAGGUUGUUAGAAGAACAUGAUUUCCAAGAUGUGCUCAACAAAAUUCCAGAUGAUACAUUUGAUAUGUUUUCAGGUGGAAAGAAUGGUGAACCAACAAAAGAAGAAAUGGAUGAACUUGAAAGGCAUCUAGCUGCUGCAAACAUGGAUCUAAACUCUGCCCAGGAAGCAUUAAGUACUGUAACAGACUAUGACGAUCAGAUCAGAAUUUUAGCCUCCAUUUUAACUAAUCAACCAACUUCUCAUAUGGGUGGUGAUGUGGUGAAUGGCACAACAGAUGAACAUGCACAGGAAAACAUCAACAUGAUUGCCAAUAGUUUGGCCUCCUCACAUUCAACAAAUACCAUGGUUUCUUCUGGUCAAGUAUUUCAGCAAAAUCAAAUUCCACAGUUUCUUAUUUCUCAUCAGAAUAACCAAGCAAGUUCUUUGCAUCAUUCUACUGUUAUGAACAAUAUGGCUACAGUAAACAUUGGAAGGGGUCAAGGCCAUCAACUCUCUCAAGGUCAAGGCCAACAACGUGGAAGUCCUGGACCAAUUCAUUCUCAACAGAUGAGUCCUGUCAACAAUCAGAUGAGGAGUUCACAUCGAGGAAGUCCAGUCGGUCAAGUAAACCAUCAAGGAAGUCCAGUUGGUCAAGUUAAUCACCAAGGAAGUCCAGUUGGUCAGGUUAACCACCAAGGAAGUCCAGUUGGUCAGAUUAACCACCAAGGAAGUCCAGUUGGUCAAGGUAACCACCAAGGAAGUCCUGUUAGCCAGCAAGCUGGUCAGGUGCAACGCGUGCAGAGUCCAAGUACACCACAUCCUGGUAGUCCAGUCCAAAAUAUCAAGAUGCCAGUUCAGGUGGCUAAUUCUAUUCACCAAUCUAAUGUUCACAGUGUACAGAAUAUUGUACAUCAUUUAAAACCUGGUACUGUCUUACCGCCUGGAAUUGGAAAUGGAAUACAACUUCAAAAUCUUCAAUCAGUUGGGCAUCGUCCAAUGCUUGUUCAAACUGUAAAUUCAAAUAUAGGCCAGUCUGUUUCACGUGCCUCAGGACAGCAAGCUUAUUCUCAUCCAAAUCUGUCAGAAAGGAUAAAUAGUGUUCAAACCUCAAUUCACAUGUCACCAUUAGUACAAACAGCUGGUCACCAAUCAAACUUGAUUCAUGGUAGUAUCAAUCAACAGUUGAAUCUUGCUCUUCCAGGAAGUGUGCUUCAUCAAAAACUUAUUCAACAAGCAAGUUUAGGAAACUUAUCAAAUAAAGCCCAUAUUCAACAAAACUUGUCAGGAAAUGUGCAGUAUUGUGUAACUACUAUGGGGAAAACUACUAACCAGUCUGAUGUUUUGUCUUCAAAUGUAAUACAAUCACCCCAUGUUUCAUCACAAGGUCAUGUGACAGGAAAUGUGCAAUCUACAUCCCAUAAUGCUUCAUUGCCAUAUCAUAUUUACCAAAGUAACCAUCUGAUACAACAGUCCCUAGGACAACAGUCUAAAAUAUUAUCAAGUAUCACAAAUGUUGGGACCAAAACAACUCCUGUUUUACAACAGACUAAAGCGGCCAUUUCAACUUCUGUGCCAACAAAAGGCACUUCAAGAACUGCCUUUCAAAAUGGAUUCCCUGCUCAAAGUGCUCAGUUUACAAACAAUGAUGUAAAUAGUGGAAAGUAUGUGAUGUCUGCUGCUCAUGGGGUGCAGAACUGUACUGAUCAACAGUUGUUACAAAAUAUAGCCCAAACCCUGGUCACAGCACCACAUCACAUUCCACCGACUUUUGAAAAUCCAAAAAAAACUCAAAUCACUUCACAAAGGAUAGCACAGACUGGAACUGGUUCUUGAUAUUGACUGAGAUAUUAUUUUAUGUAUCUUUCCAAUUUUACUUUGAAGAUAACAGUCUUUUAAAAAAUGUCAUAUUCUUUCAAAUCAUGUAAACAAUUUCGGUUUGUUUUAUCUACAAAAGGCUGACUGGUUGGUAUAUAUGUUAAUGUAACUAUGUCUCAUUGUGAUAAUUGUAUUAAAAAAAGAAUUGCAUUUAUAUUUUUAUAUACAUUCAGAUUAUUAAUUUACUAUAGUAAUUGCUAAUUCUUUUUCCAUUUAUUUUCAUUCAUUCCAUGAAAAGGUCUAUGUAAAGUUUUAAAAUAGAUUUUUAAUUCUGAUAAACAUACAACAUGUGCAAUGUGCAAAGAACACUUUUAAGUUGAUAAUUUUUUUUAUUUUAAAUAGGUUUUUUUGGUCUUUUAUUAAGUUUUCAAUUUUUUUCAAUCGUCCAAAUUUCCCAGAUCUUACCCAAAAAAAAUAGAGCCAGUGUGUUUGUGAAACAACUUAUUAUAAUGGUGAUUCAUAUUAGAACAGUAACAAUUGUUAUGUAUGUUUGUUGUUUUUAAUAGCGAAAAAAAAUAAAGUGAAAAAAUUAAACAAACCAAAUUUUUACAUAGACCUAGUGUGAAAGUGUACUUUUAUAUCAUUCAUCCUGUUGAUGUAUUUUUUGGUGCUAUAUUUUAAUGUUUUUAUAUAUUGCUUUCACCAAUAUCAGAAUCUCAUUUUGUUAAAGAUAUCUGUAUUACAACUCUUGUUUCUUUUCAUGCUUACGGCACACUUGUUUCAAUUUGAAGACUUGCAUUUUUUUUCAAUUUUGAAAAAUGGAAAAGAAGUUUAUUAUUCAUAAUUAUAACAUCAAUUAUUCUAUUAUACAAAAUGCAAGCUAUUUAUUGAAUAAAUGGUUUAAUUAAAAAUAUGAAAUGUGAGGUUGACCAUUAAAUCUAUCUAAGUAUCAAACUUGGUGAGUUUAGUCAAAAUAAAUGUGUAAUAUAGACAAUCAAAUCAUUGAACAGGUUAUAAUUGAAAAUGCCUUAACCCAUAUGUUUUAUGUGGCUUCAUCUAAAUUUUGUUCUUCAGCAAAAACAAGAAAACACACUCAUUUAACAUGUUUAAAUUACCUGUAAUGAUGUAAAUUCUUAUUGCCAGAAUCUGUUUAUUAAGGUCAUAUGUACAAAAUGUAAUGGUUUUGGAGCAAUCAUGUCUGUAAACCCUAGCAUAUGACCCUUAUUAAAUACUAAACGAAUUUCAUCAUUUUACAUGUUUGUUGAAAAGCAUUUAUUUUAAUAUUAUCUUGCAGGCAUUUGUUCCACAAUUACACUUAUUUUGAUUGAGUAAAAAAUUUAUUAAGGUUUUCGAAAACAUAAAGUCACAAAUAUCUGGACCAAGAGCAUGAAGAGGAGAUAAAAUCUUAUUGACUGGUUGAUUUAUUCUGAAAAUUGUUAACAUGAGGUUUUGUGAAUACCAUUACAAUGGGACGACAGUUAAAGAGAUUUAUUGGGGGUAAAAUACACUUAUUAUACUUUUAAUUGCAAAUCAUGUUUAAGAAAUUCAAAAUGAAAUUGAGAAUGGAAAUGGGAAAAUGUCAAAAGAGACAACAACCUGUCUAGAGUGUAAAAGACAAACAGUUGAAGGCCACCAAUGGGUCAAAAAGUGUUUGCAAACUUUUUUUAGAGUCAAUAAUUGGUAAAAGAUAUGCCUCUUUUUAAUUAAACAUUGUAUUCCAAUGACUAGCUGUAAAUUUCUUUGUACCAGAUGUUUUGUCUAUGUAUUAAUGUGAUUUGGAAAUAAUAUUAUUACUAUUUAAAAGACAGUUUUACCUACAUGACCUAUAUUUAUAGUUCUGUUGUCAUAGGUGAUAUGUAUUUAUUUGUUGAUAAUUUAAUCUGUGUAUGGAACAAAGGCAGCAUAAUUUUAUGGCUUGUGUAAUAACCACAUUAAUUUUCAUCGUCACUAAAUAUUAAUGGGUAAAGAUUGUAUUCUUUUCUGCAUUCUGACUAAACUACAACACUUCUCUAACCUUUUUUUGUUUUUUGCUUUAAUAUCCAUUUUAUCCUUGAUUAUUUCAUUUUCUGUCUGGAAGCAUUGCAAAAAAUUAUUAUUAGUUUAUGCUUAACAAGUCUCUUACUGCUUCAUCGUUAUAACUUAUAGGCAAACUGUUUUCAAGCAAUGCCAUUGUUUAGAUCUACAUGUAAAUAAGUGCUCAUCUGACUUUGAUAAGGGAUAUUCUUUUCUAUUUACAUCUACCAUUGUCAACUACAUGUACUUCUUUUUCUUCUAUAUGUAUAUACUUCCAAUUAUGGAACACCUCCGCAACGGAUAUUAUCCAGACAGGAGUUACAUUAUAAUUAAGGCUUAAUUCAAAUUGUUUUCAACUUUCACACAAGCUAAGGGGGUCAAGACAUUUCUAAGUGUUAACUUUAUUGUCACAAGUCAGAAUAUAAAUGAUAUGAAACUUCAUGUGGUUAUUUAGAAGUCUAGAUUUCUCAAAAGGUGAAUUGUAGAUGAAUAUUAUAUUGUUAAUUGAAUGUUUUCUCCUCACCUAUUGAGCUAGACAGUUGAGAUGACAAGUGGUUUUCUAUUCAAUGUUGUUAUAUGGUUGUACAUAAUAUAAUUAAGACAUGUAAUGUGCUUAAUGUUGGAACAUAAUUAUAACUAUUAUUUAACUCUAGUCUGUCUGACGUAAACAGAUUGUUUCUACUCUUUAAAAUGUGUUGGUAAUAUGACUUGUAAAUGUCUGAAUUCUUGGAAGUGAGAGUUUGAGUGCGUCAGCUAAAAUAUUUCAUAGAAAUGGCAUUUAUUUUUGUAUCUACACAUUGGCAAAUUAUUAAUUUACUUAUUAGGAUUUGUUAUAAAAUUAAAAUUACAUUUUGUAAAUAUAUUUAUCAGUAUUAAAUUAUUCCAAUUCAGAUUUUUUUUUAGCUAUUCUUGUUUUAUGGUUAAACCACAGCUUUUUUCAAAAGUAUAAUUGCUUUGAAUAAUGGCGAUCAAGGUGCACAUUUUAAAGAGUAGCAUAAUUAUAUAAAAGAGCCGUUUUAUAUUUUUUUAAUUUAGAUUUAUUAGUGCAUUGUUUCGUUAUGUGAUAGAUUUUGUUUUUAUUUUGUUACUUUUGGUGUGAAUGUUAACAUUAUUAUCUGAAAUUUUAACAGUACUGAUUUACCUCAGAAAAGUAUAUAUAUAUUUGUUGUAGAAAGACCUCAGAACAGUCUAUAAUUGUUGUUUGAUGUAAUAUUUAGAAGUAAGAUAUGUUCUGUUUUGAAAGAAAAUCUAUAUGCUUCAAAUUAUGAAUUAUCUAUUGAACUGUUAAAAUUAUAUCACAUGUUCUUCUGUACCCAUGGGAGAUAAAUAAGUUACAGAAAACAGGUAAACUACUCUUAAAGAAAGAAAUGGAUUUAGGACUGUCUCAUUGAUGUAUACACCAUCUAUCAUGUCUAUACCCUACAUCUUUUCCUUUACUUUUUGCAUAUUUGAUUUUCGUUUACCAUUUUAAUAAGAUUUACUAUGAUUUUAUAAAAAUUAUAUUGCAGUUAUUUCAUUUGAAAGAAAUUCUUAUUUGCAAAGUGAAUAACAUGAAACUCUAAUUGAAUAGGAAAUUUAUUCUAUUUAGUUGAGAAUUAAAAUCAAGAGUUGUUUGUAACUUUUAUACAAAAAAGUAAAUCAGGAAUAAAUAUAAAAAUAUGCUUAGAUAUUUACAAAACCCUUUUCUCUGUAUAUCUUUCCUAAGAUAAUGUAGUCUCUAUUUUGUUUAUGCAUUACUUUAUAGUUCUUUACCCUUUUGGAGUCUGUAUUUUGAUCAAGUUUAACUCAAAUAAGUAACUCAAUAAUCUUGAAUAUUAUUUUCAGAAAAAAUAUUUAAAUCUGACCAAACAAAAUAUAAUAAUAUCAAGUUGUUGGAUUUGGUUUGUCCUUUAUCAAUUUAAUAAGGAAAGUCUUCCUUAGCAAGCUUAUCAUUUCACUCUGAUAGGUAGUAAAAUAAAAUAAAAUAUAAGUGUAUGAUCUAUGUUUUUAUCUGUAAUUUUAGACUGCCAUACAUUUUGAACUACACUUGAGAACAGUCCUAAUUUCCUUUUCUUUCUCCCUAUUAAAUUGCAUAUUUGAAAGUUAUUGCAUUGUGUAAGUAUGCUGUUAUUUAGAGUCCUAAAUUUAAAAAAAAUAUACCCCUUAACAGAUGGACCGUGAAUAAGAUUUUCUGACUUUUCUAUGUCUAAGCAAGAAACAUUUAAACCACAUUUAUUAUUGCUUAACAGAAAGACGAAAGAUUUUAAACCUUGCCUUAGAAUACAAAUAUAAGUAUUUUCUUGGAAGUUUUCUAGUGAAAUCUUCCAUACAGCUGUUACUGCAUUUAGAGUAUCAUUAAUCAUUGAAGAUGUUGUCAGAAAAUGAAUCAUGUAUAAGUCAAAAUCAUUUACUGGUUAAUAAUUAAAACAAUGUUUAAUCAUGAAUAUAAUGCAUAUGUUAUGAUUGAUAAUUCAAACUCAUUAAAGCAUUACUAUUAAAUUCAAAAAUUUUGACAAUUUUAACAAACUUGAAGAAAAAAAUAAUUAUGGUUGAUAAAUUUUUUGUAUUUAUUUACAAUUUUGUUUUAAACCUCUGUGCUUAUUUUUUCUUAUUGAAAAUAGUUUUUUUUGUUUAAUAAGAAAAAAAUCAGCUCAGAAUAACUUUUUGAAAUAAACCUGGCAUUACAAGUACAAAUGAUAUUCUGAUGAAUGUUCUGUGAAAUAGUGAGUUGUGUGAGAGUCGCUGAUCAGGUUAACAAAAGUAUGAAACAGAAACUUCUAAUAACUGAUCUCAUUGACAUUGUUUUGCAUGUUUUGGAAAAUAAAUAUAUUUCAAUGACA